AUGGCGGAUGUAGACGUUGCGCCGACUUUCGGCACUGAACUCAAGGACGGCUUCAAACCCGCCAACGCCUGGGUGGCUCAUGGAAUAUCAUGGCUCGACGAAAUCCAACAGUUUUACCGCGAGAGAAGCGCCAUUGAAAAGGAGUACGCUGCGAAGCUUCAUAGCUUGGCCAAGAAAUACUUUGAGAAGAAGAAUAAGAAGUCGGCGCCUCUCAGUGUUGGCGACACGCCUGCCAUGACACCAGGUUCCCUCGAGAGCGCUUCUUUGACAACCUGGUCCACGCAACUCACCACCCUCGAAGCGCGAGCUGACGAACACGACCGAUACGGAAACAACCUUGUCGCCCAAGUGGCCGAACCCCUCAAGUUCCUGGGCACUCGCUUCGAAGAGCUGCGCAAACGCCAUGCCGACUACGCCAGCAAACUCGAGCAUGAGAGAGACUCCCAGUAUGCCGACUUGCGGAAAACGAAAGCCAAAUACGAUGCUGCUUGUCAGGAGGUGGAAAGCAAGCGCAAAAAGUCCGAAUCGGCCUUUGACAAGGCCAAAGCGCAGAGCGCGUAUCAGCAGCAGAUACAUGACAUGAACAACGUCAAGAAUACCUAUUUGAUUGCCAUCAAUGUUACAAACAGGCAAAAGGAACGCUACUACCACGAGUAUGUUCCCGAGAUCAUGGACAGCCUGCAGGACUUGUCCGAGUUCCGCACCAUGAAACUGAACGGCCUGUGGACCAUCGCAUCGCAGCUGGAAGCUACCAUGCUGCAAAGCAGUAACGGGCUGAUGGAGAAGCUCAGCGCAGAGAUCUCCAGAAAUCAGCCUCACCUUGACUCGAUGAUGUACAUACGCCAUAACCUCGGCGCAUUCCAGGAGCCUCCCGACAAGGGCUUCGAGCCUAGUCCCGUGUGGCACGAUGACGAUCAGAUGGUUGUGGACGAACCGGCCAAGAUUUAUCUCCGAAACGUUCUCAGUAAAUCGAAAUCACAACUGGGAGACCUGCGCAGGGAGGUCGACAAGAAGAGGCGGGAGGUUGAAAGCAUCAAGCGCGUAAAGCAACGAGUCAGGGAGGGUACCGAGAAGAAAGACGAGGUCAUGAUUGUCACGCAGAUAUUUGCACUGCAGGAAGAACUUCACGCUGUCGAUAGGCGGAGAGUCACCGCCGAGGUCGAGACCUCUACCAUCACCUCGGCCGUUGGUGACGUAACGCUAGGCGCGAAGAACCACAACUUCAAGGCGCAAACCUUCAAGAUCCCAACCAACUGCGACCUGUGCGGAGAGAGGAUAUGGGGCCUCUCUGCAAAAGGCUUCGACUGCAGAGACUGUGGCUACACAUGCCACAACAAGUGCGAGAUGAAGGUUCCCGCUGACUGCCCGGGCGAGCAGACCAAGGAGGAACGAAAGAAGCUAAAGGCCGAACGGCAAGAAGCCGCUAAUGCGCUCCUGAGGCCGGCGGCAUCCUCACCUACCAACGCUUCGGAAUUGCCGGCGUUGACGAGGUCGAACACAAUGAACUCGCUGAGCUCGGGAUACGCACACAGCGCACGUCGGUCGGUAACAGGGGGGCCGGCCUCGCCCAUGGACGAGGCCCCCCCAGAGCCAUCAACCCCUCGCCCGCCGGCUCCUGCAUCGACUGUGAGCUCUAGCACCACCCGUAAGAGGGUUAUGGCGCCGCCUCCGGCCGCCUACAUCAGCGAGCUUCCUGGCAGCGCGCCGAACGGAUUGGGUUCAUCGGAGCAGCAGAAGGGCAAGAUGCUCUACACUUUUGAAGCUAGCGGUGACGGAGAAGUUUCUGUGCCCGAGGGUCGCGAAGUCACCAUGCUUGAGCCCGAUGAUGGUUCUGGCUGGAUCAAGGUGCGCGCUGGUUACAAGGAGGGAAUUGUGCCAGCAAGUUACAUCGAAUGGACAGCAGCCCCCGCGUCGCCAAUGGUUGCACAGAACACCGGCGCGUCCGCACGGCCCGAAUCGAUCUAUUCCAACUCUGGCUCCUCGAUAGGAACGCCGGGAGCGGGAAAAAAGAAGGGACCAGCAGUGGCCCCAAAGCGCGGGGCCAAAAAGCUCAAAUAUGUGGAAGCAUUAUAUGAUUACACGGCGCAGAGCGAUACAGAGCACAGCAUGGCAGAGGGCGAGAGGUUUGUGCUAAUCAAAGAAGAUCCCGGCGACGGUUGGGUCGAGGUCGAAAAGGGCGGCGUGACGAAGAGCGUGCCCGCAAGCUACGUACAGACAGUCUAG